AUGCCAUGCUUCGUUAUCCGCCAGGCCUUACGACCUCUGAUACCUGGCUGCCAUGCAGAAGAUAACCUACUUUCCCUGGCAGCAACCUGCAUUCGAUCUUGGGCAAAACUGGAUGCAGACUCGCUCCGCUACCUCUCCACCCAAAAUUUUGUGGACAUGGCGUUGAUUCUCACUGGCACUGGCCCACAAUAUGUUCUCAAGCAACAAACAGCACAAGCUCUGCGGAUCAACAAGAUGCUCUACAUUAGCAAUGAUUUCGCAGAUUUGGUGCUGGCCAAGGCAAUCAAACACCGAGGCAAAGUCCACACGAUGUUCAACGACAUCACAAGUGAUUGGGUCUCUCGAGGAAGCUCUUGCGCACUGCUUGGUUGCCGCAGAGGAGAUACCCGCCAGGCGGUGUUUCAAGAAGUCAUGGCCUUGAAGCCAGUGCGUGACUUGCAUGCAGGCUUGGUUGAAGCUGCCACUGAGCGCCAAGAAUGGCUUGUUUGCAGUCAUGAUGCAACAUAUCAAGUAUUGUUCAGCGCCAUUGGACAAGUGCCAAUGCAACAGAAACAAGGUGAAUUCCAUGCCCUUCACACGUUUCUUGGCCGGUCGGGCGCUGUGCCUGGCUUCAGCCUUCAGCGCACGGAGGGUCCUGCUCAGUUUCGGGCGGCCAUUGCUGAAGUCCUGCCUCAAGCUGCUCGGGACACGGUCAAGUACAUCUUCUCUGAUAGCCCUACCUCUGUAGAAGGCGCGGCCGAAGUCUUGCCAAACUUGGAAGCUGUCGCAGAAGAUGCUUUGCAUUUGGUGCUGCGCGUGGAAGCUUGUACUGGAGAGAAGCGCACUGCCUUGUCCUCAUGCUUGCUCAAGAUCCAAACCCGCUUCCGCCUGCCAUACGCAGCUCCGUUCUUUCGUGGCCAUGCUGUGGAAGACCCUCCUGAUGCCGGCAACUGGUCGGACAAUCUGAUGGACAAAGAAGCUACCGAAACAGAUUGGGAUAAAAAAGCAACCAAACCAUACUGCAACCACCAGGAGUAUAUCAAUGACAUCCAAGCCCUUUGCACUGCGUUUCCAGACAACAUGGGCCACAAGGACAAGAAAGGGCGCACAAUCCGCCAGAUCUUGAAGGCCGGGGCUUCCUACACUCAUUUUCGCUACUUGUGGAACGGAUCGCACAUCAUCUCUGCACUCCACGACGUGCUGCCACCUGCGGAGCUCCAACUCCUGAGUUUUGGCACGUGCAGCAAUGAAGCCUUGCACUUUCAAUUGAAAGCUUGCCAAGAGCAAAUCAUCCAGCAGCACAUCCAAACCUUCCCACCACAACUUGCAGCUUUCAGCUUGGCCAAGAUGUUGGCCCACCAUUCGGCCGCAUACUUCCACACCUUGGCACAAAGAAAGGAGUCUGAGAUUCUCAGCUUAAUGCAAGGCUGCUUGAAAAAGGGUUUUCUGCCAGCUCUUGAGGAAGGGCAGGUACAACCCAUUAUCAGCAGGCAAGACUUGCGCAAGCCAGUGCGCAGGGUGAAUCCUGGGAAGUUGGCCGCAAGAAAAGAAACGGCUGCAAAAAAGGCCGCACAAUGGAAGAAGGAGACCCGCAACCGACAGCUGAAGAACAAGGAGAAAGUUCAACAUAAAGGCGGCCAAAACGCAGCGCUGCAGCUGAAUCUUCGUCAGCUGCGGAUGAACCGCGAUGAGCUGCCAAGUGGAGUCAAUUAA